AGAUAAAUAUAACUGAUUAAAUUUGUAAAUACAUGUAAAACGCAGGGACUUGUUAAAUACAGGCGAGAUAAAUGUUGGGACUAAUUAAUGAAAGCAACGAAACGGAUCGGACGGGUCAUGAACCGCAACCUGAAUCAGGAGCAAAGUGGUCAAGUUUCGCCAUUCGGUCCGAGUCCCUUGGAAUAUCAUUAAAAAAAAAAAAAACAGAAAAGUAUCAGAAAGAGACAAAUUUGAUUUGAUUGGUUCCAGAAAUUCGCAGCGAAACAGCUCUUUGUCUCUCUCUCGACUGGUCUACAAAUCCCUAAUCAAUCUGGGUUCUGAAUUCCUGGAAGAGAUUAGACAAAGUCGGUAGCUUAUUAAUCUGGUUAAUUUCAAGUGACAGAUAUGCCCCUUAUUCAUCGGAAAAAGCCGACGGAGAAACCAUCGUCGCCGCCAUCUGAAGAGGUGGUGGUACCCGAUGAGGAUUCCCAAAAGAAACCACACGAAUCUUCCAAAUCCCACCAUAAGAAAUCCAACGGAGGAGGGAAGUGGUCGUGCAUCGACUCCUGUUGUUGGUUCAUUGGGUGUGUGUGCGUCACAUGGUGGUUUCUUCUCUUCCUUUACAACGCAAUGCCUGCGAGCUUCCCUCAGUAUGUAACGGAGCGAAUCACGGGUCCUUUGCCUGACCCGCCCGGUGUUAAGCUUAAGAAAGAAGGUCUUAAGGCGAAACAUCCCGUGGUCUUCAUUCCUGGGAUUGUCACUGGUGGGCUUGAGCUUUGGGAAGGUAAACAAUGCGCUGAUGGUUUGUUUAGAAAACGUUUGUGGGGUGGAACUUUUGGUGAAGUCUACAAAAGGCCUCUAUGUUGGGUGGAACACAUGUCACUUGACAAUGUAACUGGGUUGGAUCCUGCUGGUAUUAGAGUUAGAGCUGUAUCAGGACUUGUGGCUGCCGACUACUUUGCUCCUGGCUACUUUGUCUGGGCAGUGCUGAUUGCUAACCUUGCACAUAUUGGAUAUGAAGAGAAAAACAUGUACAUGGCUGCAUAUGACUGGAGGCUUUCGUUUCAAAACACAGAGGUACGUGAUCAGACGCUUAGCCGUAUGAAAAGUAAUAUAGAGUUGAUGGUUUCUACCAACGGUGGAAAAAAGGCAGUUAUAGUUCCGCAUUCCAUGGGGGUCUUGUAUUUUCUACAUUUUAUGAAGUGGGUUGAGGCACCAGCUCCUAUGGGUGGCGGGGGUGGGCCAGAUUGGUGUGCAAAGUAUAUAAAGGCGGUGAUGAACAUUGGUGGACCAUUUCUUGGUGUUCCAAAAGCUGUAGCAGGGCUUUUCUCUGCUGAAGCAAAGGAUGUUGCAGUUGCCAGAGCGAUUGCCCCAGGGUUCUUAGACACCGAUAUAUUCAGACUUCAGACCUUGCAGCAUGUAAUGAGAAUGACACGCACAUGGGACUCAACAAUGUCUAUGUUACCAAAGGGAGGUGACACAAUAUGGGGCGGUCUUGAUUGGUCGCCGGAGAAAGGCCACACCUGCUGUGGGAAAAAGCAAAAGAGCAACGAGACUUGUGGUGAAGUAGGUGAAAAUGGAGUUUCCAAGACAAAGCCUGUUAACUAUGGAAGGAUUAUAUCUUUUGGGAAAGAAGUAGCAGAGGCUGCGCCGUCUGAGAUUAAUAAUAUUGAUUUUCGAGGUGCGGUCAAAGGUCAGAGUAUCCCAAAUCACACCUGUCGUGACGUGUGGACAGAGUACCAUGAUAUGGGAAUUGCAGGGAUCAAAGCUAUCGCGGAGUAUAAGGUCUACACUGCUGAUGAAGCUAUUGAUCUACUACAUUAUGUUGCUCCUAAGAUGAUGGCGCGUGGUUCCGCUCAUUUCUCUUAUGGAAUUGCUGAUGAUUUGGAUGACCCCAAGUAUCAACAGCCCAAAUACUGGUCAAAUCCGCUAGAGACAAAAUUACCCAAUGCUCCUGAGAUGGAAAUCUACUCAUUAUACGGAGUGGGGAUACCAACGGAACGAGCAUAUGUCUAUAAGCUUAACCAGUCUCCUGACAGUUGCAUCCCCUUUCAGAUCUUCACUUCUGCUCAGGAGGAGGACGAAGAUAGCUGUCUGAAAGCAGGAGUUUACAAUGUGGAUGGGGAUGAAACAGUACCGGUCCUAAGUGCCGGGUUCAUGUGUGCUAAAGCGUGGCGUGGGAAGACAAGAUUUAACCCUUCCGGAAUCAAGACUUACAUUAGAGAAUACAAUCACUCUCCACCGGCUAACCUGCUGGAAGGGCGCGGGACGCAGAGUGGAGCCCAUGUUGAUAUCAUGGGAAACUUUGCGUUGAUAGAGGAUAUCAUGAGGGUUGCGGCGGGAGGUAACGGAUCCGAUAUAGGACAUGACCAGGUCCACUCAGGCAUAUUUGAAUGGUCGGAGCGUAUUGACCUGAAGCUGUGAAUAUCAUGAUCUCUUUAAGCUGUCUGUCAGCUUAUGUGAAUCCAAUACUUUGCAAGAGAGAUCAUCAACAAUUCAUCAUCAUAGUCAUCAUCAUGAUGCUCGCAAGUCACAAAGAAGCCUGAGAAUGAUACUUUGGUGCAAAAUUCUCAAUACCUUUUAAAAAUUCUUAUUGAAUGUAAAUUAUACGAUCCUAUCUAAUUGAUCCCUAGAAUGAUAACGCAAAACUUGCUGCGCCAUGUUUAUUUGUCUUGUCGAAAGCAUCAAUUUGUGGGUUAUAUACGUAGUGUAGAGGAUGACUCAAAUUUUGGUUAUAAAUUUGGUAAUCAAAGUUAA